AAACAAUGAGGAAAGGGAAUUGGCCACGCCUACAUUUUUGUGGUUUUAAAAAAACACAACACGUUCUCACUUCCGCUCUGACUUGCAAGUUAGAGCUUUGGUUAGAGGGUUACUUGGAAACGAAAGUCAUUUCUGUCGACCAGAAGUGAUGAGGUUGGACUGGCUUUGACAUCGGAAAACCUCACUUCUUCAACGUCGCUUAAACAUAUUAACUUAUAUUAUUUGAUUUCAUAAUUGGACAUUUUUUUCCAAAAUGGACCCUUAAACCCCAAAAUAAGGGAUGCCCAUCAUGGAGAGAGGCUUGAAUUAACACCUCACCACAUUCACCUGCUUUAAUGAUUGUAAUCAUACUUAUAUUUUCGGUUUGGCAUUUUAGAUAUUGGGCUUAAACAACAUAAUGUUUCUAAAAGGGAACAUGCACAAGAGGGAAGCAUUUUACUUUCCACAUGACCCUGACUGAUGUCCCAACCACACUGAUAGGAUCGUUUUCAUUUUUAAGUUUUGCCAUAGUCAGUUUGCCUUUUUGUUGGAAUGUGUGAAUUCGCUCAAUGCAUGUGAGCUUGGGAGUGUAGUUCCUGCUUUAAGCUUAUGUCUUCUGACUGUCAUAGGGUUCAGUAGAGCUGUAGGGCCUGUCCUCAGUAGGUCCUGAGCAUGGAGUGAUUCGUUGAAAUGAAAGGGCAAGAGGUCGUUCUUCCUGGACCUCAGUUGUUAAGUGAUAUGAGCAGUGUGUUGCAGUUUCUACUCCUAAAUGAGAUCUUAGGGUUACCUUGUGUCGCCAAACUUUUUGGAUGGCAUGAGAGUAGGAAGACUGCAUGGAAAGAUAUAUGUGUGUGUGUGUGUGUGUGUGAUACCAUCUGUUUAGCUGUUUAUCUUUUAUCAUCUCAGCUAAUUAAUUCAAGCCUCUCUCCUUGAAUGGGCAUCCCUAUUUUAUGUCCUUAAAUGGAAAUUUUACAAAACAGUCCCUUUUUAAUGGGGUUAUGUCGUAACAGUGCCCCCACAGACUUGCAGUACGACAACUCCUCCGAGUUGUUCCGCAUAUCGACAUUCGCCAAAUUUCCCUCAACGGCAGCUGUAACGGAAAGAAGCCUUGCUCGUGCUGGCUUCUAUUACACUGGUGUUGGGGACAGGGUCCAGUGCUUCCGCUGCAAAGUGACCGCAGACAACUGGCAGCCAGGUGAUUGCCCUGCCGAACGGCACAAACAGCUGUCUCCGAGCUGCUCGUUCAUUCAGACCUUGCCCUCCACUGCCAACCUGCUGUCGUCCUCCCACUCCGCUUUCUCCCCACUCCGCAAUGCUACCCAGAUGCCCGCGCCAGUGGCGGUGGCAGGGGCUGCGGCGGCAACGUCCUCUGGCCAAUCAGAGGAGCAGGUGGGCUACCUCAACAUGGGCUUCAGUAACCUGGCCCCUUCUAGCCCCCUGACGUCGCGUGGUGUGGAGGACAUGUCCCACCAGCGGCCGCAGACCUGCCACAACCCCAGCAUGCGCCGGGAGCAGGACCGCCUGGAGUCCUUCCAGAGCUGGACCGUGACCACCAUCACACCGGCUGAAUUAGCCAAGGCUGGUUUCUACUACCUUGGUCAGGGUGACCGCGUGGCCUGUUUCACCUGUGGAGGUCAGCUGAGCAACUGGGAGCCUGGUGACCGGGCAGUGUCCGAACACCAGAGGCAUUAUCCCAACUGCCGUUUUGUCAGAGGGGACAGAACGGAAAACGUGUCCCUUGCCGAAAGCAGCGUCUUGACCAACGUGUCCAACUCUGCCAUGCAACAGUGUGAUGAGAGGCUUCUCACGUUUGUGAACUGGCCCUCCAGGAUACCUGUUCGCCCAGACCAACUUGCCAAGGCCGGAUUUUAUUAUGUUGGCCGCAAUGAUGAUGUGAAGUGCUUUUGCUGCGAUGGAGGAUUAAGAUGCUGGGAAUCUGGUGACGACCCAUGGGUAGAACAUGCCAAGUGGUUCCCAAGGUGUGAAUAUCUUUUGCAAGAGAAGGGACAAGAAUUUGUCCACCAAAUUCAAGCCAGAUUCCCAAGACUCUUUGAGCAGCUGUUGACAAAUGGUGACGGUCACUCUCGUGAGAUUGUUGAUCCACCAGUUGUGCAUCUCGGCCCUGGAGAGGAACGUUCAGAAGAUGCUGUAAUGAUGAACACGCCCGUGGUGAAGUCUGCCCUAGAAAUGGGGUUUGAACGCAACUUGGUCAAGCAGACUGUGCAAAGCAAGAUCCUCACCAGUGGGGAAAACUACAAGACCGUGCAGGAGCUGGUGUCUGAUCUCCUCAGUGCAGAAGAUGAAAAGCGGGAAGAAGAGAAGGAGCUUUUUGCCGAGGAGAUGGCAUCAGAUGGCUUUACCUUUCUGAAAAAGCACCACACAGCCCUGACGCAAAGAUUAAAGAGUGUGCAAAGUUUAAUGGACCAUUUACUGGAAGAAAAAGUGAUUUCCCAGGAGGAGUAUGACACCAUUCGCAACUGCACGUCAGUCAAGCGGCAAACAGCCCAACUCAUCGACUUGGUUCUGUCAAAGGGGAACGCUGCAGCUGAAGUCUUCAGAAAUUGGAUCAAAAAGAAUGAUGUUUACCUCUUGAGAGAAUUAAUGGCCCAGUCAAAUGAAGCUGCAUCACCGAGUCAAGAUCUUUCAGAUUUACCAAUGGAAGAGCAGCUGAGGCGACUUCAGGAGGAGCGCACGUGUAAAGUGUGCAUGGAUAAGGAGGUUAACAUCGUCUUCAUUCCCUGUGGACACUUGGUGGUGUGCAAGGAGUGUGCCCCCUCAUUGCGCAAGUGUCCCAUCUGCAGAGGCGUUGUGAAAGGCACUGUCCGAACCUUCCUCUCCUAAAUACGCAGCAGAUGUUUGGAAAACCUUUCAUAGAAUAUUAUUACAUACCAUUGUGGUAUGUAUAUUCACCCAACAGCAAGCUUGCACUUUGGAGAGGUACAGAUGGCGAUCAGUUCAUGUGAUUGUCACUUGAUUUGUCUUCUCAUCAUUUAAUAAAAUAUUAAUUGGCAAA